AUGUCCAAACGCAAGAAUCCGGAGACAGUGUCGUCAUCGUCGAGAGUUUUGGAGGCGCUCGUUCAACCGCAGCAACUCCAACAGUUUCCGGUCUCGCUAUCGGCCAUCCAAGGUGUCCAGCUGCCGAUUCAAUUCGCCGGUGUUCCGAUGCAAGCAGCGCCAUCUGGCGUGCCGAAUUGCAUUGUACCCGCACAGAAGCUUCAACCAAUUGCUAUACAGCCGUUGGAUGGCGAACCGCGCUCACUAAAGCGCAAAACGGAUGACGAGAAGAAACCAUCGGCAAAACAUUUUCGAGCCGUGUCCGCAUCGUCAUCAAAAAUGACGCAGGUCGCUACGAAAUCGACGCGCAGCACAAAACCUUCGACCGAAGGUGAAUAUCAAGUUAUCAAAAAUGAGCGUCUACGAUCGCCGUAUGGCAACGAAUAUGAAGUUCUCGAUUUUCUUGGGAAAGGAACCUUCGGACAGGUGGUGAAAGCAUGGAAGCGAGGUACAAAUGAAAUAGUGGCUAUCAAAAUUCUGAAGAAGCAUCCAAGCUAUGCAAGGCAAGGACAAAUAGAGGUCUCAAUCCUCUCGCGCCUCAGUAAUGAAAACGCCGAGGAGUUCAAUUUUGUCCGAGCCUACGAGUGCUUCAGCCAUAAAAGUCACACGUGUCUCGUGUUUGAGAUGCUUGAGCAGAACCUGUACGAUUUUCUCAAACAAAACAAAUUCAUGCCGAUGGCGCUGAACUCGAUUCGUCCGAUUCUACAGCAAGUGUUGACGGCGCUGCAUAAGCUGAAGUCGCUCGGAUUGAUUCACGCUGAUCUGAAGCCGGAGAAUAUAAUGCUUGUCGAGCCGAAACUUCAACCAUUCCGUGUCAAGGUCAUCGAUUUUGGUAGUGCGUCGCAUAGAAGCAAAGCAGUCACCAACACAUAUCUUCAAAGUCGAUAUUAUCGCGCGCCGGAGAUCAUUCUCGGAUUGCCGUUCAGUGAAGCCAUCGACAUGUGGUCAUUGGGAUGUGUGAUCGCCGAGCUUUUCCUCGGCUGGCCCUUGUAUCCGGGUAGCAGUGAAUUCGAUCAAAUCCGAUUCAUUGUUCAAACGCAAGGAUUGCCUCCAACUGCAAUGCUCGAAAAAUCGCCAAAGAUUCAUCGAUUCUUCAGCCCAGCGAUUGGAAAUGUGACAGACGCUGUUGCGAUUAAUGGCGUUUACUAUCGUAUGAAAACGGUUGAAGAGUUUGAGGCUUCCGGAAUAACGGCAAAAUCAAAGGAGACUCGAAAAUAUAUUUUCAAUGUUCUUGAUGAUAUUCAGAAAGUGAUUUGCUAUUCAUAUGAGCCAGAUCCAUUUGAGCAAGUCAUCGACAGGGCUGAUCGUCAAGAAUUUGUGGAUAUUUUGAAGAAAAUGCUUGUGCUUGAUCCGGAUUAUCGAUUAUUGCCUUCUGAAGGACUAGAGCAUCGUUUUACCACGAUGGCUCAUCUUGCACCAUACCAAUGCACAGCAUACGUCCAAUCGGGACGAAAAAGAAUGGAAAAGGCGUGCGCACGAAGCACAAUUCCGCACAUUCCGCAGCAGAUAUUCCGCGGAGGACCACCGGCGACUCCAAUGGCACCGAUGGCUCAAGUGUUGCCAGCGUUGAACACGUUGGCAAAUACCAACUUGGGCCCGCAGCAACCAACCGAUUUGGGCAACUUGAUGCAUCAUUACACUCAAGUAGCCGGCGCUGGAGCCCCGUAUUAUUAUCAGCCAUUGAGUGCUGCAACAUUAUUGCCAUUCGGUCAACUACCGCCACCGUUUGGAAAUCAGCCACCGCAAAGAUUGAUUCCUUUGCCCAAUGCUGGACAGUUGAUGCAGCAAUUUGUACCAGUGUCAUUGAUGGAUCCCUCUCUGAUUCCGCCACCAGGAGGUCCAUGGCCGAAUGGUCCAACCAAUCAGUUUCCAGUUCUAAGCGCUGGUGGACCUCACAAUCUUCUGUCGAACGGACUUGGACAGCACCCUCUAAACCAGCUGAACCAGGUUUUUACGGCAGCGCCCCAGAACUUUGGUAUGCCAUCGUUUCUGCCAGGACCUAACGCGGGGUUUCCCGCCGCUAAUGGAAUUGGCGUGAGCACAACAGCAUAUAUGGACGAGCCUGCAUGGGCACCAGGAAAUAACGUCCCCCAAAUCCCAAUGCAGCAGCCGACGCAGCAAUCGUUGCCACCGCCGCAGCAGCAGCAGCAGCAACAACAGCAGCAGCAAACACCACAGCGCACGUUGGCAUUACCGAAUCAAACGCCAAGCUAUCGGCAAAAUAAAAGCGGUUCGAACCGAAGAAAGAAGCAUUCUCCGGUAACGGUGAUUACUAUCAGCGACGAUGAUAGCAACGAUACCGGAUCUACCGAAACGACGAAUCCUCCUGUUGUGGCGGCAACACGAGAUGCACCAAAUCAGAUUCGCGGUCGAACGGCCAUCGUGCGUCCAAUGGAUAACAAGCAGGAGACGCAGGAAAUAACGAGCAACAACAACAAUCCGCCGCCGGCCAUUAUUGCUCCGCAGCCGGUGCAAAUCAAGCCGAUGUACGACGACGUGCGAAUGUUUCUGCCAGGAGUGGCGAACAUUUUUUUCGACGUUAACAACACUCUGACAUUCGAACCGAAUCGUCAAUUCAAUGGGAAUCCGCUUCUCCAAGGCCCAUAUAUGGAUAAGACAUUCAAGUCGUUCCAUUAG